CAGAUGUCUCCUAUAAAUCUGCAAUUUCUCGUGUUUCUUACCAACUUUCAACUAUUGGGUCUUCUUCCUUCUCAAUUCUUUUUCAAUUUCAAACGAUCAUCGUUUCUAUUCAAGUUAUACCAAUUCCCCCCCUUUUUGGAUUCAACUGAAAUCAAUAGACAUGGAUGACUACUACAUGUUAUGUCCGAUAAAACAAACAGAGCAUAAAAAAGUUAUAACAAUGGCGAUUCCGGAGAUAACAACUAAGUUUUCCGUUCAAGAAAACAAACCACCUGAAAGACUUGUACGGAUAUCAAUGACAGAUCUUUAUGCAACUGAUUCUUCCAGUGAAGAAGAAGACGGAGGUUUCGUACGGCGGCGCGUAAAGAAGUAUGUCAAUGAGAUUAACAUACAAACGACGUGCAGAACUGCGGUGGAGGUUGAGAACUCCAAGAAGACGACUGGAAAUAGGGAGUCAGGUCUUCAAGCUAAGCAGAAGCCAAUGAAGACGACUAAAACUCCGGUGAACAAUGGGAGGAAGUUCAGAGGGGUGAGACAAAGACCUUGGGGUAAGUGGGCGGCGGAGAUUAGGGAUCCGGCGAGACGUGUCCGGUUGUGGUUGGGGACUUAUGAAACGGCGGAGGAGGCUGCCAGGGUGUACGACAACGCCGCUAUUAAACUCCGUGGUCCUGAUGCUUUGACAAACUUUAGCAAUCCGCCGAUUGAGGAAAACCCACCGCCGGUCAAUAUUCCGUCGACGUCCGGGUAUGAUUCAAGCGAAGAGUCGCACAACCUUCUCUCUCCAACUUCCGUUCUCCGGUUUAGUAGCACCAAUAACGACAAUAGUAACAGUUACUCAAAAGAAGCACUUGAACCGGUCAAAGAAGCUGAAGAGUGUCAGUCAACAAACCUAUUUGACCCGGUUAAUGAGCUUGACCCGAAUGCUAAUUUAGUAGUUGACAAGACAGGGUUGGAUCCUUUUGGAGAUGUGCCAUUCUUGAAUAAUCUUUUCGAUUUCCAAUCACCCGACUUAACUCAAUUUGGUGAUGGAGCUCCAUUUAAUAUGAUGGUUGAUGAUUUCGGGUCACUUGACUCGAUUGAUUUUGAUAAUUAUGUUAGCUUAUCGUUUUGUGAAAAUUUCAAGGAUCCAAUUUAUGAUAUUGGCUCACUUUCGACUUUGGAAGUGGUGAAUUACUUCCAAGACCUUUAAGAAGGCGUUUUUGGUUUAGAUUGUUUUUGAAAAGAUUUGAAGGUUGUUGGAGCCUAUAAUCCAUCAAAUUUUGUGAUAAUAUGAGAUAUAUUUAUAUUUAUAUUUGAUAAAACUGCAAAAAAUAUAUAAGUC